AUGGCGGAGUCUUCGCAUAAAGCACAGUUAACACGACAUCCAUUGACCGUUCACUUGAUAAUCAUCUGGUCGUAUCUGGCGAACUGGCAAGAUCAUAUAGAGAGCCUUGCCAGCGAUUUGGAGCAAAUUCGACGACGCAUCGACGUGGCCGAUAUCUCUGAGCCGGAUGCGAUUCCUGCUAUCAACCCCGAACGCCUCCAAACGCUUCGACACAUCGAAGACAAGAUAGUGUGUAAAGCAUGCAAAUGUCUUCGCAGCAACAUUGUCCUCGUAAAGACCUUGAUGAGCAUCAACACAGCAUUUGCAACCAAAAUUCCAUCUCUAGGAGAAAGCUCGUACAGCGUGCAUCAGGAAUUGCAAAUCAUGGAGCAUCGCUUGGAAAGUCACAUCAAUGCAGCAGAAACACUAGCGCAACGUGUACAAGCAACAUUAGGCUUGCUCACCAAUCUUCUCGAUAUCGGAAAUCAGGCAAAUUCCAGGGAGAUAAGCACGCGAAUACUGCGUUUGACACAGGAGGGUGUCGACGAUAAUGCUACCGUCAAGGUCAUCACUGUGUUCACAUUGAUAUAUCUGCCUGCUUCGUUCGUAGCUUCGUUCCUCGGCAUGAAUCUUUUCGACUUCAAAAGCGAAGACGGCUCUUUACGGGCAAGCCCACAAUUCUGGAUCUUCAUAGUAACGACCGUGCCAUUGACGAUGCUCACCGUUGGCGCAUGGUACCUGUACAAGACCAGACACAACAAGUUGAGGAAGGCAAAAUCGAUCGCCGAGAGUGUUUGA